CCUUAGAUAUGUAGAUGUAGAUAAAUUAACCAAAAAACGGUCGUUACAACUCCAUCACAAAACCAAAUUAAUUAAAUUCUAAUCUCUUUUAAAAUUCCCACACAUCAAUGGAGACUCUUAAAUUUUCAAUUAAACCCCAUUUCCAAAAUCAUUUCUGUGUUCCUCAAAAUUCAAGAAUUGGUGUUUAUAACGAAAAAGGUCGCACCUUUUCAUUUACUCUUACUUGUAAGUUCAAGACUUCAAAAGGGAAGAAAAUUAGCAAAAAAAAGAAAAUUUCUUGGCCGGACUAUGACGGAGCGCCACCGCUUUUGGAGCGGAAGAAGGCGGAGGAAGCCACCACUAGGAAUAAUGGCCUUAAGACCAAAAGGGUAUUAUUGGGAGGACUGUUGAAUUUGCCUUUGGCAAUUGGUGAGAUGUUUUCUGUUGCUGCCUUAAUGGCCUUAGGAAGUUCUAUCAUUGACCAAAGCGAGGUUCCAGAAUUUGUCUUUCAGAAUUUUCCUGAAGAUCAUCCUCUCUUCUGCUUUUUCUCUUGGAAAUGGAUCACCCUCAGCCUUGAUCACAUGUUCUCAUCGCCUAUUUUCCUGGGGACAUUGGCUCUAUUAGGUGCAUCAUUGAUGGCUUCCACAUACACAACACAAACUCCACUUGUGAAGGUAGCAAGAAGGAGGUCUUUCUCGAAUUCAGCUGAGGCUAUUCAUAAGAAAGAUGAUGUAGACACUCUGCCUAGAGCAUCGGUUGAAGACACGGGUGUCACACUGAUGGGAGCUGGAUAUGAGGUAUUCUUAAAAGGGCCAGCUCUACAUGCACUUAAGGGGUUGGCUGAUCGAAUUGUUUCAAUUGGAGUACAUUUGGCGCUGCUGCUUGUAAUGUCAGGAGGAACUCUCGAUGCAGCAAGUAGUUUAGGAGAGGAUGUGACUGUUCCACAGGGUUUAAAUUCUGUUGUGGAGGAUGUUCUUACACCGUCAGGGAUUCUAUCGUCAUCUUCUGAUGCAUCUCAUACUGAGUAUCAUGUCAAUCGAUUCUACGUGGACUAUGAUGAAAGUGGAGAGGUUUCGCAGUUCCAUACUGAUAUUUCUCUGUUUGACCUUAAUGGAAAGGAAGUACUGAGGAAAACCAUACGUACUGGAGUUAGAGGACCAAACUCCAAACUCCCAAUUGAGAUUGACGGAUCAAAAACUGUCAUUGCAGACGCGAUUGGUAGUCGUGACUUGGACCUAAAGAUUGAUUCAGAAGCACCAAUUGUCUAUGCUGGUUUUGGUUCUCUAAUGCUUUCAACUUGCAUUAGUUAUUUGUCACAUGCACAGCUCUCUACCUUACAAGAAGGAAUAACUGAGGUGGUUCGUGGUAAGACUAACCGAGCGAAGAGCGAGUCCUUAGACACAGUGGAUCGCUCGCUCGAUCAAACCCCUGAGGUAUUUGAAUCAUCUUGUACAGAGGAAUCUGAUAGUUUCAUUGGCAUCAGAAUCCAAGUUGGAAUUUGGAACAAAAAACAUCAAAAAAGAGUUUGAUAUGCAAGUAGCUCUGAAGUUAGUACAAAAAUGAGAAUGCAGAAGUCAAAAAAAUUGAUCACAAAAUCUUGAUUUGAUAAAGACCUGGGUUUCAAAUUUAAUUCAUUGUCAGGGUAGGACAAGUUAUAGAUCAAAUUAUUGACUUUGUAAUGUAAUUAGUUGUCUAUUUCUCUCGUUUUGGCGGCUGAUUAGGUAGAGGUAUUACAAUUUACAGGUGUAUAAAUUAGUAUGUAUUUUAUGGGGGAAAAAAGGUUCUUAGGAUAGAUUUUGACCUUUAUACAUCACUAAAAUUGUUCUGUUUCUGUUUAUAGCCAGAAGGAGUUGUAUAUCUACAUGUAAAUAGUAGUUGUUCUUACAAAACAGUAUAACAAAAAAUACAUUUUAGGUAACCUGUCUUAUUUUUCGAUUUA